UACAAUAAAAACCCAUUUUCGCAGAAGCUACGGUUGGAACGUGGCAUCGCUCAACAAAUCCAUCUCCCCCCCCUCCCCCCUCUCUCUGCAAACCAGUCCAAAUCUACAGUUAAUACUCUUCUCUUUUCCUUGCUUCACUCUUCAUUCAAUGGCGGAUUGGUCUACCCUCCCCGCUGAACUCCUCAACCUCGUCUCCCAACAACUCCCCACCUCAACCGACGUCCUCCGCUUCCGUUCUGUAUGCGCUACCUGGCGCGCUGCUGUUCCCCCCCCACCCACCACCGCCACCCGCUUUCCUAUCCUCCCUAAUUCCGGCAUUUCCGACACCAGCUGGGGUUUUUACCUCUCCAAACGCACCAUCUAUUCUCUCCAAUCGCCCCUCACCGAUCAUUCCUCAUGGAUCAUCAAACUCGAACGGGAUAAUCCGUCCCGGAUGCAUCUCCUAAACCCGCUUGCGCGGUCCCAAUUCAGACCCUUGCCUAACAAUUUUCCCAAGCUCUUUAAUUUCUUCAAUGUUAGGGUUAAAGAACUUGGUGAAGAAUAUGCUCUUCAGUAUAUUAAUUUUAGACCGACAGCGAAUUCGAUUGGAGAGGCCGGGAACCUCUACAUGGAAAAAGUUGCGGUUUCUAAUAACUUGGGGAAUGGGUUUGUGCUUUUGACAAUUCACGUGUCUGGGAAAUUGGUCGUUUAUAAGUCUGGUGACGAGAAAUGGAGGGUUAUUGAUGAUUUGCCGUCGCCUUAUGACGAUGUGAUUCUUAGAGAAGGGAGAUUUUAUGCGGUUGAUAACACCGGUAGAGUUGUUCUUGUGAAUAGUCUGGAUUUGAAUGUGAGUCUUGUUGCGAAUUCGAUUUUCGGUGGUGACAAGAAGUUUCUUGUGGAUUCGGAUGGGGACUUGUUGUUAGUGGAUAUGUAUUUGAGCGUUGGACCAGCAGAUGAUUUAGGUUUUAAUGAGGGAUUCGAGUUUUAUGAGGAGUUUGAUUGUUUUAUGAGUGAGAGGACUGUGAAGUUUAAGGUGUUCAGAUUGGAUGAAAACGUGGGAAAAUGGGUAGAACUGGCUGAUUUGGGGGAUAGGUUGUUGUUUCUGGGUGACAAUUGUACCUUCUCAGCGCGGGCUUCAGAAAUUUCUGGCGAUGAUAAGUAUAGAGGGAACUGUAUAUUUUUCACUGAUCAGUAUUGCAAUAGGGAUGAUGAUGGGUUGUGGAAGAGCCGUGGUGUUGGAGUGUUUGAUCUGGAGAGUGGGAGUAUUGGGCCAAUUGGUAAUCACGUUGGUUAUUCCAAGAUGUUUUGGCCUCCUCCUGAUUGGGUCUGUUCAACUGCAUCCAUAGAAGAUGGGCUGUAUCGACUGAAUAUUUAACAUUUCAAAGUUCUGGAAAUCAGGGAGAUUAAUAGCUGACAGUGGAUGAACUGUAAGAACAUACUGCAGUUGGUAGUUGCAUGAUUUUUCAACCUGCAUCAAUAAUCAAUCUCUUCAGUUCCAAGGUUGUACUUGGCUCCUAUCAUGUUGGUGAUGCUGAUCGACCUAUGUCAGCUACUCUAUGAAUUGGAUCAUACGUUUCAUUUUUCUUCAUUUAGAAAAUUUCAUCCACCUAUGACUUUGGAUUUGUUAUGACAUGUAAACGACAUCAUUUUAUCAGAUGAAACAAUGCUGAAAUGUCCAUGCUGUCAUAAUAGUUAUACUGGAUUGAAGUUUAUGAGCAUCUAUUGUUGAUGCAACUUUCUAUCCGAAUAUCUUGGGGCUUUCCUGACA